CCCCCUUCUGCUCCACACGCCGGGUCCCCCAAUAUGGGGGGGGGACCCACAGGACUGACCCCCCCCACCGGUGCCCCAAGGUGUCACGCAGAGGGGAUCAUCUGGGGCAGACCAUGAAAGGGGAUUAAGGGGACCCCCAGCACGGUAGCAGGGGGGCGCACACAACUGGGGAGAUCAAGGAAAACCCUGGGGACCAUCGCAGCAGCGGCCAGGCAUGGAGGAGGAGACCUGCACGCCCCUCGUCCCAUUUGCUACGCAGUCCAAGGUGGUCCGCCGAGAUGAACCCAACGCCGACACCACGGAGCUCCCCACCCGUCAGCGAGGCCCGUCUGACAACGCGGAUGGAUUCUGGAGCGGGCUUAGCCAGCGGCCAAGCCCGCCCUGGAUGGAAGAAUACAGGGAAGCCUCACCCCUGCUGAGGUCCAGCUCUGCCGUCCGCAGGCCGGAUGCCCAGACAGACGCAGGCUCCUGGCACACGUUGGCCAUCCCGCAGGCGCUCCCCUCUCCUCGGGAGCUGUGUCGGAGGAGAAGCGGCCGGCUGAAACGAAGGAGACCGGCGAACGGCAGCGUGAUGUCGGUCUGUUACCACCUGGAGGACCUGAAGAAAAGGCAAAGCAGCAUUGAUCAGCUGAAGAGGCUGAAAUGGGGUGGAUACGGAUCCCCAGCCAGCUCUGAAGGGCUCGAAGGCGCCGCUGUCUCUCUAGCCGAAGAAUUGCAAAGCGGAAGAGACCUGCUGAGCUGUUUGAGAAAGCCAAGACCUUCCUGGCUCUGGGAAGAGGACUCCUUUGUUAGCGGCAGCGGCAGCGGGCAGCGGAGCUGCAGCCCGGGAGAGCAGCCAGGGAUCCCCGAGGGACGCCGGGGGGGCUCCUCCCUGGUGGCCACGGCAGACCGACCCCAGCCGCCGGUCAGGUGCCUGCCUCAGGAAGCCUUCUGGGGCUUUCGGUACCAGCCUGAAGAGUGAUCGUGAAGUGCUCAGCGUGGGGGACGGAGGGGGCUAUCACCCACGCACGCUUGCAGCAGGCCUUAUAUUGAAACUGGAUUCACACACACACACACCCCCGCCCCGAGAGCCUGCUUGGUUCCUGGUUAUUGACUGUUUCGUGCCUUGGUUUUUGGUUGGGGGUUUUUGUUUUCUGGGCAAGGAAAGCAACCGCUUCCGUCUUGACGCUCUCUGUGGGCUUUCGGGACCCGGCUCCGUAGCCAGAAAGACGCCGGCAGGAUUGUUUCCAUAGUGAUUCAGCGCGAGCAGAAAAGGAGAGGGGGCUGCCUGUAUUCCCCCGCACCUACCUCUCGGAGGGGGGUUUUGGUUAGCAAACGCUUCGAGAGCGAAGCCACCCAGGCAACGGCGUCGAAGCAAAUCUGCUGCCUUCCGCGCCUGGGAAGGAUGAGCCACCCUGGCGCGCGAUGAAACGGUCUCGAAGCCGUGUCCCCCGGCCGCCCUCCCCACCCAAAAUACUCAGCUAAGCCUCCAGCCUGGGACGAGGUCAGCACCUGAGCUGAAGUUUGGAUGCGUCUCGGCCCCGGGUGGAAGGCUGCGUUGGCUAGUGGGAGGCUACCCUCUGGUGUCGUGGGAGACAGCGGGGAAAGGCAAAAGCCAUGGGUGGCAUGGUCCCGGGACGCUCGGCGACGCUUCUCUUCUCCCCACCAAGAGCCGUCCAGGUGAGGUAAGUGUGGAGCGGGGCACCGACGGGAGAGGCGAUCCUGCUGGCUUUCCCCAAACCAUCGUGUCAGGGAGAGCGGGGGUGCGAAUCUGGACCUCCGGCCAGUUCCCCUGUCCCUAGUUUCGGGUUCUUACCCGACUGACAGUCCCGAUGGCUGGCUUUUCGUUUAAUCAUUCAGAAAACCCCACGGCAAACUUUUAACGAUACCAUCUCUUUGGGGGUUUUGUUACGGAAACAAGCUAUAUUCUUUCCCGGGAAAGUACCCCCGCUUUGUGCAAGGACGGUGGCGGGGUGAGGUUCAGCCAGUAUUGUCACCGACUCUUCCAGUGCCGCAGGAUAAAACCCCAGGCUCUCGGCAAUGUUCAGACCGUCUGUUGUCACGGCAAAAACGGUCAGCGUUGGGCUUCUGAAGGCGUCACAUCCUAGCCGGCUGCGACUAGUCUCUCUGGAUGUACCAGCUGUUUGGUGUGAGGGGUUUGCAGUCUGGUCCUGUGUCAUGAGCUCAUGUGCAGUAAUAUCGGAGGCCAGUAACGAACAUGAGCCCACGCUUAAUUCGAUGUCCAGCCCUGAGUGGAAAUACCUAGCUGAAUCCAGGCCCAAAUGAUUCAUGUUUUUACCGUUCCACAGCAUUUAGUGUGUAUUUUUUGAAGUUAACAAGAGAGAUCCGUUGUUCAAACUAUAGGAGACGUGACCCUAAAGGUUUACUGGACAAAUCCUUCGUUUAUCUCGCGGUCGAGUGACCCUACGCGAAAUCCGUGCUAGAAUUCUGGUCUCCACGUUGCUGCUUUUCGAUGCCUCCGGCUUAGCUCAGCUUGUCUCGAAAGGUUCUUCCGACAGGGGUUGUCCUCUCCUGCUUUCGUUGUGGGAAGUGCAGCUUAUUUAUAAUCCGCGCUAUUAAACGAAGUGGAAACA